AUGAGUUGGCUCCUGGGGUGGAUCCUAACAGUUGCCGCGACUCAACAGGUCCUCACACAGAACUACUCGACCAUGCCCCCCACGACUGCAGUCACCGACUCCUUCAGUCGCACCCAGUUCUGUAAGUGGCCCUGUGAGUGUCCUCAGCGGACCCCGCGCUGUCCGCCUGGGGUCAGUCUGCUGAUGGAUGGCUGUGACUGCUGCAAGGCCUGUGCCCGGCAGGUGGGCGAGGGCUGCAACGAGGCCGACACCUGCGACUACCACAAGGGGCUGUACUGUGACUACAGCGGAGACAAGCCUAGGUACGAACAGGGAGUGUGUGCAUAUAUGGUGGGAACAGGCUGUGAGCAUGACGGUGUGAUCUAUCGAAAUGGACAGAGCUUCAAGCCCAGUUGUAAAUACCAGUGUGUCUGUGUGAAUGGGGCCAUCGGCUGCGUAUCGCUCUGCACUGAGUCACAGCCUCCGCGGGUUUGGUGCCAGAGUCCCAGACGGGUCAAGAUCCGGGGCCAGUGCUGUGAGAAGUGGAUCUGCGAUGAGCCCAAGAGAGGGCGCAAAACGGCCCUGCGGCACGCCAUAGACGUUCUUCCACUUAGGAGCCAAAGCUGGCACAAAAACUGCAUCACCCAAACGACCUCUUGGAGCCCCUGCUCUAAGUCGUGUGGUCGUGGUGUUUCCUUGAGAAUCUCGAACGAUAACGACAGGUGUGAGCUGCUGAAAGAAUCAAGACUGUGCAACCUGCGGCCCUGCGAGGUGGACAUCACCAAGCACAUCAAGCCGGGUAAAAAGUGUCUGAACAUCUACCGGGGAGAGCAGCCAUUCAACUUCACCAUCUCCGGCUGCAGCAGCGUGAAGCAGUACAGGCCCAAGUACUGCGGCGUGUGCACGGACGAGCGCUGCUGCAUCCCCUACAAGUCCAAGACCAUCGACGUGGACUUCCUGUGCCCCAAUGGCUCCAGCUUCACCUGGAAAAUGUUAUGGGUCCAGGCUUGUUUUUGUAACCUCAGUUGUAAAAACCCAAAUGAUAUCUUCCAAGACCUUGAGAGUUACUACAGCUAUCCAGAAGCCAUGGACUGA